ACAAGUCUAUAACCAAACAAUUUUUAAGUUCAUUAUCGUUUUAAAAUACAUUAAAGAAAGGUUACAGAUCUAUAACUACCCCUAAUAUUAUUAGGUUUAGCCCACAAAUGCAUGAACUUGCAUAUAUUUGACAUAAUUAACCAACCCCUAAUAUUACUAGGUGAUUUAUGUUGGUUGCCCGGAACUUGUCAUGGCAUGCUUCACCGAAUUAAUACACAAAGUCAAAUGUUGUUUGAAAGUAAAAUCGAAAUGAUAAAUGUUGUAUUAAUUGACUCGAACGUAUACAAAAUAUCCUGACGAAAUGGUUUUAAUAGUUAAUUAUUAGCUGAACAAGAUUAUGGUUAGGAUAUUAAUCCUUGUCGAAAGAAGAAAAUAAUUAACAAAUUCAUCACUGUGAGAGUGUUUGGCUAAAGCCUAAAGUUGAAAUGUAUUUUCUGUUCAAUUGAGUUCAAAUAGAUUGAUUUUAUUUUGUUUGACAAAUAUGACCGACGAUUGAGGAGUACAAUAAUAUUUGAUCAUGUCUAUCCUUUAGAGACAAGGAUAAGUAUGAAGCUAAAUAUUUUAAUAUGAAAAAUAGCGAUUUUUUAAAUACAGCUAGUCAUUUUAGGGGAAUAAAGAUCACAUGGUGCUAGUUUUUGUUGGAAGCUUCUACACUCUAAUGUGUGAAUGGAACUUCUAAUUCGAACCUUCUGUUUUCAUAUAGAGCUAACUUCUAUUACCAACUUUUUAUUCUAAAACUGAAACAUUUCAUUUUAAAAAGACUACAUUAUAGAUUUGGAAUAUAAGGCCAUAAUUUAGAAUGUAAAAUUAUAUAAUCUUUGCAUUAAAUCCAAUGAUGCUAAUCUACUCUAAAAUUAAAAUAAUGAAAGCCCACCUCAAAAAUAUUAUGCAUUGUUAUGUUAAUACCGAUCCAAAAUGUGAAGUUAAAAAAAAUUAAAUUAAUGAUUUGUUCCUCUUAUUAUCGAUUAAUUUUGGAAUUAUACCUCUUAUUUUAUUAUUUAAAAAUGAACAAACACGUACUUUUGAGGGACUAUAGACUAUAGUUUAAGAGUAUUAAGAGAAAAGAAUGGUAGGUUGUUGGAAUUUUGAUGUUUUGAACAUUGAAGAGGAUUUAUUGUUAGAGUGGAUAAAAAGUUGGAAAUACAUGAGCAUCACUUCAAUGAAAACGGUUCAUUUUAAUAAAUAUGUGAUCCCAAAAUAUGUACAUAGUCUGGUUGGCAUCCAAUAGAAGAGAAUCGUAGGUGGAAUCUCCCUUUUUACUCUUCACAUGCAUUCUUAGUUAUUAUUUAAGUACAAUUUGGUGGAAUUUUAAAUUCAAAGUACCCGUGAUCACAACAUAUGAAUAGUGUAAUAAGAGAUGUUGCAAACUACCAAUUUCUUCAUAUUUUAUUUUUGUAAUGUCGACAUUGCUUUAUAUUUAGUCACUACUACUAAGUUGAUGCUACCGAAGGUCAUAUUGUUGAAAAUUAUAUUCUUUCCAUGCUAUGUUUUGAUUUAUAUUCAAUCUUCGCUAUGUUGAUGCUAUGAAGGCCAAUUUGCUAGAAGUUGUAGGGCUAAGAAGAGAGUUGAAUAUGCAUAAAGGAAAGAACAAACAAACUUCGCUGCGAAAGACGAGUUUCAGAGAAAAAUAAAAUGUUGAGAGUACUUAAUGAGAGUUGCAACCAUCAUAUUUUCUUGUGUUCGUCCAAAAGUUACAAAUUCAAAAGCUCUCGGAGAUUCGAACAUAAAACUCCCAAUUUUCCUAUCUCAUCCAAAGAUAGACGAAGAGGGUAGGUCGGGCGGGGUCGUCCGCCAACAACAUCUAAAUUAUUCUAAUAAAUUCAGCCUCUUCGAGCUAACAUCGUCUCCAUGUACAGUACCUCCAAUCCCGCAAGUUCCGUUUUCUAAAUCCGUAGGUGAUAUCUUCUCAUACAUAACUCAAAUUCAAAAAUGAUAAGAAUUAAAAGCGCAAGUGGCCAAAUAUUUUUGAAAGUAGGCAACCAAAUGAAAAAAAAAGUGAAAGUAGAACCUCCAGCUUUCAUUAUUAAAAGCUGGGACCAGCUUCACCUCUCCUCCCAUCCCUUCCCAUCCUAUCUCCCACUCACAAGUAUUCCACUCUUUCCAUUAUGAACAGACCCCCACCCCUCACCCCUAUAUAUAUACACCCCACUUUGAAAUUCAAACUCAUCACACUCAUAAAUCAUAAUCAAGUAAAGAAAAGAAAGAAGCAUGGCCUCUAACAUCCUCAACACUUUAGUGCUGUUGAUUAUUCUUGUUUGCAGAGUAGCAAAUGCAGGAAACUUCUUCCAAGAUUUCGACUUGGCCUGGGGCAGUGGCCGCGCCAAGAUCUAUGGCCGAGGGCAGCUUCUGUCGCUGUCGCUCGACAAGAUCUCUGGCUCCGGAUUUCAGUCCAAGAAGGAGUAUUUGUUUGGAAGGAUUGAUAUGCAGCUCAAGCUUGUCGCUGGCAACUCUGCUGGCACUGUUACUGCUUAUUACUUAUCUUCUCAAGGGCCGACUCACGACGAAAUCGACUUCGAGUUUUUGGGAAACUCAACGGGUGAACCAUACACCCUCCACACCAAUGUCUUCACACAAGGCAAAGGAAACAGAGAGCAACAGUUCCAUCUCUGGUUCGAUCCAACUAAAAACUUCCACACCUAUUCCAUCAUAUGGAAUAUCCAGCAUAUUGUAUUCCUGGUGGACAAUACUCCAAUAAGGGUGUUCAAGAACAGUGAGUCGAAAGGCGUUCCUUACCCAAAGAACCAGCCGAUGAGGAUCUACUCGAGCCUGUGGAAUGCGGAUGACUGGGCAACGAGGGGUGGGCUGGUGAAGACGGAUUGGUCAAGAGCGCCCUUCACAGCCUACUACCGUAACUUCAAUGCGCAGACCAGCGGCUCCAAAGGGGCGUGGCAGAAUAAUGAGCUCGACGCCUACAGCUGGAGAAGGCUAAGAUGGGUUCAGAAGAAUUUCAUGAUCUAUAACUAUUGCACUGACUAUAGAAGAUUCCCUCAUGGCUUCCCUGCAGAGUGCAGGCAAUGAUCAAACAUCUUCGACAAGGCUAUGGACUUUAUAACUGUGUAUUUCAGAUUUUUUCUUCUCUAAUCUUUCUGUUCCUAUCCUAUGUAUUAGAAUUGCAUGUUAUUGUUAGACAGAUGAAAUAAAAAUGGCAAUCUGUUUGUUACCUUGCUA